AUGCCCCGCAGAGCAUCUCUCGUUGUCCCGGCUGCUGCUAAGCACACAGCUACCGUCAUCUUUGCCCAUGGCCUGGGAGAUACUGGCUAUGGCUGGCAACCGGCGGUAGAGAAUUGGAGGCGGCGGCAGCGAUUGGAUCAUGUCAAGUUUAUACUUCCACAUGCACCUGCGAUUCCCAUCACUUGUAACGGCGGCAUGCAAAUGCCUGGUUGGUUUGACAUUAAAGAGCUCAACGGCACUCUUGAGUCCUUACAAAGGAGCGAGGAUGAAGCCGGCAUCCUCGAGAGUCGUUCGUACUUCCACGACCUGAUCAAGCAAGAAAUCGACGCGGGAAUACCAGCCAACCGCAUCGUCCUCGGUGGUUUCUCCCAGGGAGGCGCCAUGUCCAUCUUAUCGGGCCUCAGUGCGACUGUCAAACUCGGCGGCAUCGUCGGCCUCUCGUCCUGGAUCCUCCUCGGUGGAAAAUUCAAGGAUCUUGUCACCCCUGAAAACAAAGAGACGCCAGUCUUCAUGGGCCAUGGAUCCUUCGACCCUCUGGUCAUUUUCCCGCUUGCUCGAAUCUCUUUCGAGAAGCUAAAGGAGCUGGGUUAUGAUGUCACCUUCAAGACCUACCCAAUGCCCCAUUCGGCUUGUCCAGAGGAGCUUGACGACGUUGAGGAGUUCCUCAAGAAGAGGCUUCCUCUGGCCAACUAA